AUGGUGGGUGAAGGCCCCUACCUCAUCUCAGACCUGGAUCGGCGAGGCCAUCGGAGAUCAUUUUCUGAGAGAUAUGAUCCCAGCCUGAAAACCAUGAUCCCAGUGCGACCCUGUGCAAGGUUGGCACCCAAUCCUGUGGAUGAUGCUGGCCUGCUGUCCUUUGCCACAUUUUCCUGGCUCACACCUGUGAUGAUUCAAAGUUACAAGCAUACGCUGACUGUGGACACCUUGCCCCCGCUAUCACCAUAUGACUCAUCUGACAUCAAUUCUAGGAGAUUUCAGAUUCUUUGGGAUGAAGAAAUAAAGAGGGUAGGACCUGAGCGGGCCUCUCUGGGUCGUGUGGUCUGGAAAUUCCAGAGGACCCGUGUGCUGAUGGAUGUUGUAGCCAAUGUCCUGUGCAUCAUCAUGGCAGCCUUAGGGCCGACAGUUCUCAUCCACCAAAUCCUUCAGCAUAUUACCAGCAUUUCCUCCGGACACGUCGGGGUUGGCAUCUGCUUGUGUCUGGCCCUUUUUGCCACCGAGUUUACUAAAGUCCUCUUUUGGGCCCUUGCCUGGGCCAUAAAUUACCGCACAGCCAUCCGAUUGAAGGUGGCCCUUUCCACUCUGAUUUUCAAAAACCUGCUGUCCUUUAAGACAUUGACUCACAUCUCUGCAGGCGAGGUGCUCAAUAUACUAUCAAGUGAUAGUUAUUCCUUGUUUGAGGCUGCCUUGUUUUGUCCCUUGCCAGCCACCAUCCCCAUCCUAAUGGUCGUUUGUGCAGUGUAUGCCUUUUUCAUUCUGGGGUCCACGGCUCUUGUCGGGAUAUGCAUAUAUAUCAUAUUCAUCCCCAUCCAGAUGUUUAUGGCCAAACUCAAUUCAGCUUUCCGAAGAUCAGCAAUUUCGGUGACAGACAAGCGAGUUCAGACAAUGAAUGAGUUUCUGACCUGCAUCAAGCUGAUUAAAAUGUAUGCCUGGGAGAAAUCAUUUAUAAACACCAUUCAUGAUAUAAGGAAGAGAGAGAAAAAUUUACUGAAAAAGGCUGGAUAUGUCCAAAGUGGAAACUCAGCCCUGGCACCCAUUGUGUCCACCAUGGCCAUCGUGUCAACUUUCACUUGCCACAUCUUCCUGAAACGCAAGCUCACUGCCCCUGUGGCAUUUAGUGUGAUUGCCAUGUUUAAUGUAAUGAAGUUUUCAAUUGCAAUCUUGCCUUUCUCGGUCAAAGCAAUGGCCGAAGCCAGUGUGUCUCUAAGGAGAAUGAAGAAAAUUCUCAUAGCUAAAAGUCCCCCAUCCUACGUCACCCAACCAGAAGACCCAGAUAUUAUCUUGCUUUUAGCAAAUGCCACCCUGACAUGGGAACAAGAAGUCAACAGGAGACGUAACCCUCUGAAGGCACAAGAUCAGAAAAGGCGUUUUUUCAAGAAGCAGAGGCCAGAGUUAUACAGUGAGCAAAGCCCAUCAGCACAGGGAGUUGCUAGCCCCAAGUGGCAAAAUGGCAGCCCCAAGUCUGUUCUACACAACAUCAGCUUUGUGGUGAGAAAGGGGAAGGUCUUGGGAAUAUGCGGGAAUGUUGGAAGUGGGAAGAGUUCCCUCAUCUCAGCUCUCCUAGGACAGAUGCAGUUACAGAAAGGGGUUGUGGCUGUCAAUGGACCUUUGGCUUAUGUUUCUCAGCAAGCAUGGAUCUUCCAUGGGAAUGUGAGGGAGAACAUACUGUUUGGAGAGAAGUACAAUCACCAAAGGUACCAGCACACAGUUCAUGUCUGUGGUCUCCAGAAGGACUUGAACAGCCUCCCUUAUGGAGACCUGACUGAGAUUGGCGAGAGGGGUAUCAACCUCUCUGGGGGACAGAGGCAGAGGAUCAGCCUGGCCCGUGCUGUGUAUGCCAACCGUCAACUGUACCUGCUGGAUGACCCACUCUCGGCUGUGGAUGCCCAUGUGGGGAAGCUUGUCUUUGAGGAGUGCAUCAAGAAGACACUCAAGGGAAAGACUGUUGUCCUGGUUACCCACCAGUUGCAGUUCCUGGAGUCUUGUGAUGAGGUCAUUUUGUUAGAAGAUGGAGAGAUUUGUGAAAAGGGCACCCACAAGGAGUUGAUGGAAGAGAGGGGGCGCUAUGCAAAGCUGAUUCACAACCUCCGAGGAUUGCAAUUCAAGGAUCCAGAGCACAUUUACAAUGCAGCCAUGGUGGAGACCAUGAAGGAGAGUCCAGCUCAGAGAGAUGAAGACAAUGUCUUGGCUCCAGGUGAUGAGAAAGAUGAAGGAAAAGAACCUGAUAUUGAAGAAUUUGUAGAUAUAAAAGCUCCUGUGCACCAGCUUGUCCAGAUGGAGUCUCCUCGAGAAGGAAUCGUGACCUGCAAAACAUAUCACACCUAUAUUAAGGCUUCUGGAGGGUACCUGAUCUCUUUUCUGGUGCUGUGUCUCUUCUUCCUGAUGAUGGGCAGCUCUGCUUUCAGCACCUGGUGGUUGGGACUCUGGUUAGACAGGGGCUCCCAGGUCAUCUGUGUACCCCAGAGCAAUAAGACAGUCUGCAAUGUUGACCUGAAAGAUACUGACCACCACAUGUACCAGAUGGUAUACAUAGCAAGCAUGGUGUCUGUGCUGGCAUUUGGCAUUAUCAAAGGCUUAACCUUCACCAACACUACUUUGAUGGCAUCCUCCUCUCUCCACAACAGAGUGUUUAACAAGAUCGUCAGGAGUCCAAUGAGCUUUUUUGACACAACCCCCACAGGCCGGCUGAUGAACCGCUUUUCUAAAGAUAUGGACGAGCUGGACGUGAGGCUGCCAUUUCACGCUGAGAACUUUUUACAGCAGUUCUUCAUGGUGGUGUUUAUUCUGAUGAUUAUGGCUGCUGUGUUUCCUGUUGUCCUUGUCGUUCUGGCUGGCCUGGCUGUAAUCUUCCUCAUUCUUUUACGCAUUUUCCAUCGGGGAGUCCAGGAGCUCAAGCAGGUGGAGAACAUCAGCCGCUCACCCUGGUUCUCUCACAUCACCUCCUCCAUUCAGGGUCUGGGUGUCAUCCAUGCCUACGACAAAAAGGACGAUUGCAUCAGCAGGUUUAAGACGCUGAACGAUGAAAACUCCAGCCACCUCCUGUACUUCAAUUGUGCUCUCAGGUGGUUUGCUCUAAGAAUGGAUGUCCUCAUGAACAUUGUCACCUUUGUUGUGGCCUUGUUGGUGACCCUGAGCUUUUCUUCAAUCAGUGCUUCAUCCAAAGGCUUGUCAUUGUCUUACAUCAUCCAGCUCAGUGGACUGCUUCAAGUGUGUGUGCGAACAGGAACUGAGACCCAAGCCAAGUUCACCUCUGUGGAGCUGCUGAGGGAGUACAUUCAGACCUGUGUUCCUGAACACACUCACCCCUUCAAAGUGGGGACCUGUCCCAAAGACUGGCCAAGCCGUGGGGAGAUAACUUUCAAGGACUAUCGAAUGAGAUACAGAGACAACACCCCCCUCGUUCUCGAUGGGCUGAACUUGAACAUCCAAAGUGGGCAGACGGUUGGGAUUGUGGGAAGAACAGGUUCUGGAAAAUCAUCCCUGGGCAUGGCCCUGUUUCGUCUGGUGGAGCCAGCCUCUGGUACCAUUUUCAUUGACGAGGUGGACAUCUGCACCGUGAGCUUGGAGGACCUCCGAACCAAGCUGACCAUGAUCCCCCAAGAUCCUGUCCUGUUUGUAGGUACAGUAAGGUACAACUUGGAUCCCUUGGGGAGUCACACUGAUGAGAUACUCUGGCAUGUUUUGGAGAGAACAUUCAUGAGAGACACAAUAAUGAAACUCCCAGAAAAAUUACAGGCAGAAGUCAUAGAAAAUGGGGAAAACUUCUCAGUAGGGGAACGCCAGCUGCUUUGUAUGGCCCGAGCACUUCUCCGUAAUUCAAAAAUAAUUCUCCUCGACGAAGCUACUGCCUCCAUGGACUCCAAGACAGACACCCUUGUCCAGAGCACUGUAAAAGAUGCCUUCAAAAGCUGCACAGUGUUGACCAUCGCCCAUCGCCUAAACACAGUUCUCAACUGUGACCUCGUCCUGGUCAUGGAAAAUGGGAAGGUGAUUGAGUUUGACAAGCCUGAAGCCCUUGCUGAGAAGCCUGACUCUGCAUUUGCGAUGUUACUAGCUGCAGAAGUUGGAUUAUAA